GCGUGCCCGUACGCGAUGACGCAUCGCGACAACUGCGGGUCCCGAUUGCUGCAGCCGCUUGUCAGUGUGACGAAGAUUGGCACUCAGCUAUUUAGCUUCUGGUGGAGUAACAACGGAUCCAGAUCAUUGUUGGAGGUGAAAGAAAUUGAUGUGGAUAAGGUCGUCAUUGGAAAAAUGUCUCUCCCAGGAGCGGUCAGUGGUCCCAAAAACUUUGAAAACCCCUCUUCUCAAGGUUGCCCACCUGUUGGCACAAUCUAUAAUGCCUCAGUGCUUUCAGCAUCUGCAGUAAAGGUGAUGGCAGCCCAUUCGGUUUCCAUUGACAAAUACUCCAAGGGGGAGCAGCAGCAGAUGCAAGGUGUAGCAAAGGUAGAGAGUGAUUCGGAGGAGAAGUUUGAGGGGAUGUUAGCAGAGGCACCCAGCCCGACUCUCACAGAGCCACAGACGCCCAUGGAUGUGGACAAAGCCUCCAUAUAUAGACACCCCCUUUUCCCUCUGUUGGCUCUGCUGUUUGAGAAGUGUGAGCUGUCAACGCUUAGCUCUGACUGCAUCACCUCGGCAAGCUUCGAUGUAGACAUUGAGAACUUUGUUCGCUGUCAAGAGAAGGAAGGAAAGCCCUUUUUCAGUGAAGACCCAGAACUUGAUAACUUGAUGGUAAAAGCCAUCCAGGUACUGCGAAUCCACCUGCUGGAGCUAGAGAAGGUGAGUGACCUGUGUAAGGACUUCUGCAGCCGAUACAUUGCCUGCCUCAAAACUAAGAUGAAUAGUGAGACCCUGCUGAGUGGAGAGCCUGGUAGCCCAUACUCACCUGUUCAAGCACAGGCCCCAAGUUUCUCACCCACCAAAUCCCAGGCCCCCAGCUCCAUCUCAGGGAGUCCUCAUGGUCAAAUUGUGGUGCCAGCUUCCGCCCUGCAGCAAGGAAAUGUCACCGUCACAGCAGUCAAUCCCACCCAGGUGGUCGCAGGUAUGUCUUCAUGGCAUACUACCCCACCUACAGGUGGCACGGUGUAUCAGCCUGUUACAGUCGUCACUCCUCAGGGCCAGGUCGUAACACAAGCCAUUUCUCCAGGGUCAUUACGUGUCCAAAACAAUCAGCUCCAGCUGCGGUUUCACCAGGACUUGAAUCUCUUCAACCACGAGGACAGCUCGACAAAAAACAAGCGUGGGGUUUUACCCAAACAGGCUACGAAUGUCAUGCGCUCAUGGCUUUUUCAGCACAUCGGGCAUCCGUAUCCAACGGAGGAUGAAAAGAAACAAAUAGCCAGUCAAACAAAUCUGACACUCCUACAGGUCAAUAAUUGGUUUAUAAAUGCUCGAAGGCGGAUUCUACAGCCCAUGUUGGAUGCUAGUUCCUCUGAAACGCCUAAAACAAAAAAGAAGACUCCCCAAAACCGGCCACUGCAGCGUUUCUGGCCUGACUCCAUUGCCUCAGGGGGAGGCACUCCGCAGCAAGUUACAAUGCCAGAUGGUACGUUGGUGACAAUGAAUGUUGAGGGUCUGCAGAGCCUGACAUCAGACGGUGCCACACUGGCAGUACAGCAAGUGAUGCUUGGAGGCCAUAGUGAAGAUGAGUCCGGCGACAGUGGCGACGAUGACGAUGAUGCAGAUAUGGCUGGACUGGGCCUUGACAACAGCGACUCAUUGCAGUAAAGGACACUCCCUCUCACAAAUGCAUACUGUCCACAGUACGUGUCCAAACAAGACAUGUAGUAUUAAGUCUACACAUGGGUUUCCUGGCUGUCAUUGUCGUGUGAGGACAGACACGUUAGGUUUAUUGAGAGCACAACGCAGGACGCAUGAGAUUUGCCGUGUCCUAAAAUCCAACUUUGCUGAAUGCCAAUUUAUGCUGCGCGUGUGUACAUCAAGGAAUUUAAUUUCAGAAUUUUUUUUUUUUUUUAAUUUAGUUGAUGUAGGAGAGUGCACUUUUUUUGUAUAUUUAAGCUAAAAUAAUUCACCAGAAGAAAAAGUGUUAAACACCAGAAGCAAGUUUGUAUGCUACAUGAAUAAAUAUUGGCAUAAUUAAUUGUUUUUCUUGACCCCUGUUGCCAAUCCUGAGCUAAUUGCAAGUUUGGAUGACAACAUUUUAAGGUUGUAUCUGUAAAGGUUUGUCUCUUUUUGCAUGCUUGUGUUUUGAGUAGAUCUGUGCACUCUUAAGACUGGCUCCUCUCAUGUGGACUCUGCAAGCUGAACAGAGCUCUGGAGGAGAUUUAAAAUAAAAAAAUGAGAUGCUUAUUUUUAUAUACAUACAUAUGAAAAUAGUGUUUUCUGUUUCAUUAUUUUGUUCUGUUUUGUAAGGGAUAUUUAUGUACAUAUUCAUAAAGCUAAUAGCCCUGUUUUCCAGGGUUCUUUGAAGUUUUCUAAAAAAAAAAAAAAAAGUAGAAUUGAAUGAAAUUAUUUAAAUUGGUUUUAAACUUAGAAUACUAACAAGGCCUUACCUGUGUUUUUUUAAAAAGAGUUAUUGCCAAGAAGCACAAAACAAAAUGGUUAAAAUAUGCUAAAUUGCAGAAGAAUCACCGAGAAUUUGACUUUGUAUUCUUUUCAGUAACUGAGUCUGUAACAUGACUCCAGUGUCUGUUUGUUUAUUUUUUAAUGGAGCAGUUUACCCACAUUGUGUAUACCAUACAUUAUGUAAUUUAAACAUUUUGGUAUCCUCGAUGUUUUCAAAUAUUAAAUGCACAAUCGAAAACACUACGCCGAUCAUGCAAUCACAAGGGUCUUCUUCACUUGAGAAGGGACACAAAGACACACGGAAAUCUUACACUGAGCACGCAUCCUUUUAUUUAUGUACACAUAGAUGUGACCACAUUGAACAGUCCAGCCUGACUGUUGGGCUCCCUCUUCAUUGGCAUGCACUACGACUCAAGUUGUCACUUGUUAGUCCCCCCCCCCGCCACUACACACCGUGAAACAUUUCACAUGUUUUAUCACUCAGUUACUGCACAAACUGUGGCACCUCUUCUUUUGAAUGGUGGUACUGUACAACAGUUGUCUGUCAAUAGUCGCAGUGAUCUGGUUCGUAUACAUUUUGACAACUGAGAGAGUUUCCCUAAAUGUGUUGCAAAAACCUGAGAUGUUCUCUCUCUCUCUCUCUCUCAUAUCUGUCUUGCUUUUUAUGAAGCAUUCGUUUUUCUCUUUGUAUGGUUUGCCUUAGAGCUUUCUAUUUUGGAAUAAACAAUCU